AUGGGCAGGCGGCUCCCGUCACCGGGUGGUUCUCAGUUGCCGAACGUUCACAGGUACAUUCUCCGGCAGGACGAGCUCCUGGAGAUGAUGUUAGCGAUUGGUCCGCAGAAGCACCAGGCUGAACGCAUGUGUGUCUCAAGUCUGCGUAGACAGGGAGAAAAUGACUUACUGCAAGAGCAUCGGGCGCCGCUCACGGUGUUCUCGGUGGAAGCCUUGUUGCAGGUGCAGUGGAGGGCGUUCUGCUUGCCGCAGGAGCACUUGGCCUGGGCAGCGCAAACACAGCUGCCAUCACCAGAGGUCUUGCAGCAGGUGGAGGAAGGGUGGACCAUUUUGACUGGAUAUUGA